ACAUAUUAUACAUCAAAUUUUAUAUUAUUUUUUCUUCUUCGUCACACCAGUCAGUAAUUUCUUCACGAAGCAAACAAGUUUGUGAGUGAUAUGAUUUUCCGUGAAAUUCUAUUCGAAUUAAAUGAACGUCAAUUCAAAUUACAAUAAUUUAAUUUAAAAACAACUGAAUGCAUUCUCAACGCAAGUUCACAAAUAGUGAUUCAUGACAUUUUUACUUAACCUGUUAGCGUUUUUCAUAGGUAUAUUAUUAUCUGUGUGAUCGCUAAACCAUUUAGUUGACUGUUGGCUGCUAUUGAUAAAAGUGUUUUGCAGUGUGUCGUUAAAAAAGGUGCAAAUAAAACGCUACAUCUGAAACUCUAUAAAAAAAAAAAGGUUCAAUUCAAUUUAAAAUCAAUUCGUUAGAAGUAUGUUGCAAAUUGUUUGCAUAUCAUUUUUAUUAUUGGUAGUAUUUUCAUCGAUUCACAUAUCAUAUGCACAAACAUAUUGUUAUACGCCCGAAAAUAAUCCCGGUGAUUGCCGAUCAAUUUACGACUGUCCAAAUGUUUUGGCGCAAUUUCAAGGUCGAUUAACACCUCGUACAACGAACUAUUUAAGAAGUCUUCAAUGUGCAAACGGUGGCGGUCAAUAUCCUCAUGUAUGCUGUGCACUGUCGUUCAUUAAUUUUCCGCCACAGUCACAGCCACAGCCACCGACACUACCAUCUCCACCACGAAAUCCAUCAAAUAGCAGAGGCAGUGGAAAAAAUUUACCGGGUCCUGGAUUGUGCGGUCUCACGUCACUAGGUACUCGUAUUUUCGGUGGCGAAGAUUCGGCAUUGGAUGAAUAUCCCUGGAUUGCUUUAUUGGAAUAUCAAAGUCGUAAUCGACGAGAACGAAAAUUAAGCUGCGGUGGUUCUUUAAUAAAUUCACGUUACGUUCUCACUGCUGCCCAUUGCUUAAAAGGCGAAAUCGAGAAUCGAGUCGGUGUAUUGGUUGCUGUAAGAUUGGGCGAAUAUGACCUAACAAAAGAAAUUGAUUGCACAGGGAAUACUUGUGCCGAUCCCGUUUUAGUUGUGGGCGUUGAACAGAAAAUACCGCAUGAAGGCUAUAAUGAGAAAAAUAAAAAUCGCGCAAAUGACAUAGGCUUGAUUAGGCUCGAUUCGGAAGUCACAUUCACGGAUUACAUCAGACCGAUAUGUUUGCCAUCAUCAGUAAAUUCUCCAAGGACUCUACCAAAUGAAAGACUCGUUUCAGUUGGGUGGGGUAGAAGCAAAACAAUGCGACAAACGCCAAAAAAGCAACACGUUGUAUUACCAGUGUACGAUCAUAGUAGUUGUGUUGGCAAGUAUCAAACACUUGGAAUAUCGGUCAACAAUGAUCAAAUAUGUGCCGGUGGCAUUGAAGGAUAUGACACAUGCGAUGGAGAUUCAGGAAAUCCACUGAUGAAAAUUUCAUCAACCGGUUGGGUGGCCGAAGGCAUUGUAUCAUAUGGCCGAAGCUGUGGAUUAGACAAUUUUCCCGCCGUUUAUACAAAAGUGUCUAAUUACGAUAAUUGGAUUCGAAGAAAUUUAAGAGCAUAAACGUGUACAGUGAUUCAUCAUCGUCAUCGUCAUCGUCAUCAUUAGCAUCAUCACUACAAUCAAAACAAGAGUUGCGGUUCAUCCACUAAGUUUUUUAGGGGAACGAAAAAAAAAAACUGUAUGGUUUAUUAUGUAAAUAUUUUGCAAUAAAUAUGUUAUAGCCAACGUCGUAAUACACAGCACAUAUCGACGCAGAUUUUAAUGCUCAUAAUGUGCAUUAAAAACAUACUACGAUAAAAAAGCACAUAUAUAUUAUAAUAAUUUCAACUGAAAGAAUUGUCGCGCGGAUACAUUUUGGUGCAUCUCCUCAAUUUUUUGUUGUUGUUCUCUUCUUGUCGCUCAUACACUUUUAAUUCGUCCCAUAUUUUGACGCACUAAAUCUCUUUCUCUCGAAUAUCAAUGUGAACGACACAUACACAUCAAUAAAAAAAACAUUUCCAACGUAUUUUUGAUUCCCCGAAUCGCAGUCAAAACAAUGAACAGUGAAAACCAAAACGAAAAAAAAAAAAAUGAUAUAAAGUCGUUUACUUUUCCAUCCAUAUCGAUAUAUGCUACAGCAAUAAAAAACAAAAGCAAAAUUUUAUGCGUUUCUAAAAUUUAUAUUGUUUUUAUUUCAUACCGUGCAUAAAACCGAAUAUUUUCAGUUCAUAUCGAAGAAAUGCGACUGCGAAAAAAAGGAGAUAACGAGCACAAAAAGUAGCAAUAAACUACAGAGAGAGAGACAAAAGAAACGGAAUGGAUAUUGUGUAUGCACUUACAUUUUCGAGAGCAAGAGAGAUGUGUCAAAAUGUCUCUCGAUCUGUUUAUCGUGCGGGGUCAUUGAUAUACAGUCGAUUAUCUACUUUUUAUAAUUAAGGACAUUCAUUGUGCUUGUUAUUAUUUUUGGAAGAAAAAAAAAUAUGAACUAUGAAAUAAAAAUGCGAGAGAGUUUAGGAAAAAAAGGCACACACUCAUACAUACACAGAAAAUACCUCCCCACUGAUUUAUUAGUAGUUAAAUAAAUAACGACCCGAGCGAUGAUGCUUUUAUGGAUUUCUCAAUGCAAACAAAUAAUUUCUCGCAGGACGCAUUAACAUUUAAAAAUGUCUAUCGUAUAUUUUAUCUGAAAUGUCAGUCACAAUUAUUGAAAUAAUUACAACAUAUAUAAAUUUGUAACAUUGAUUUGAUAGCAUAUUAAAAAUGUAUUGUCAUACACACAGCAUGAAAUUGAA